AAUUAUUUUCCAUUUAUGUUCCCUUCAUGUGUUUCUCUCUCUUUCUGAGCUCUACACACAAUCACACCCUUCUUCAGCUUCAAACUCUCUGCAAAUUCUCUCUUUGAGAUCCAAAACUUUCCGUUUUGUCAACACCCGAUUCGAGAACACGCUUGCUUCUUCUUCUUCACUCUCCGCUUUCUGCAUAACAACAAAACCAAUCUUGUUCUGCUCUCUCAACCAUUUCCCAUUAUAGUUAUUAUCAUUUUAUUCACAACGCUAGUGAUUAUCGCCGCAAUUGAUCCUUUAAGAUUAGUUUCUUCCGUUGAUUCAACCCUUUUAACUCAUGCUCCAACGUGAUCUGUAACCUGGGCAUUUUGUUACUUCCUAGGAAUUGUCUUGUUUAUGUUCCUUUGUUCCAACUGUAAUUGUUGUUUAAGCAGUCCAACUUUACUGGGUCGUUCUUCUUAACGAGACCUGUUCAAUUUUGAGUUGAAAAACUCUCUUUUUACCCUUAAUUUCUCCAAUUUUGCUUUUUACAUUUUUGGAGUAUUUCCCUAGUGAAUUGAAGAUUCUUGUGCCAUUUAAAUCACUCACCAGUUUGUUUUAUGCUUAGUUUGCAAGAUGCAUCCUGAUCAGAGAAAAAAGUCGUCUGUAGAUGUAGACUUCUUUACAGAAUAUGGUGAAGGGAGUAGAUACAGAAUAGAGGAAGUAAUUGGUAAAGGAAGCUAUGGCGUUGUUUGCUCUGCAUAUGAUACGCACACUGGGGAAAAGGUCGCAAUAAAGAAAAUAAAUGACAUAUUUGAACAUGUUUCUGAUGCCACCCGCAUUCUUCGCGAGAUCAAGCUUCUUAGACUCUUACGUCAUCCUGAUAUUGUGGAGAUCAAGCAUGUUCUGUUACCUCCUUCGAGAAGGGAAUUCAAAGAUAUAUAUGUUGUUUUUGAACUUAUGGAAUCUGAUUUACAUCAGGUUAUUAAAGCAAAUGAUGAUUUGACUCCAGAGCAUUACCAGUUUUUUCUUUAUCAGCUUCUUCGAAGUUUGAAGUAUAUACACACAGCAAAUGUUUUUCACCGAGAUCUAAAGCCAAAAAACAUUUUAGCGAAUGCUGACUGCAAACUGAAGAUUUGUGACUUUGGUCUUGCAAGAGUAGCUUUCAACGAUACACCCACUGCUAUAUUCUGGACAGAUUAUGUUGCAACAAGGUGGUACAGGGCUCCUGAGUUGUGUGGAUCCUUUUUCUCCAAGUAUACACCGGCUAUAGACAUAUGGGGCAUUGGAUGCAUUUUCGCUGAACUUUUAACUGGAAAACCUCUUUUCCCGGGGAAGAAUGUUGUCCAUCAAUUGGAUCUCAUGACUGAUUUUCUUGGAACCCCAUCUCCUGAAGCCAUUGCCAGGAUACGAAAUGAGAAAGCUCGGAGAUACUUGAGCAGCAUGCGUAAGAAGAAACCAGUUCCUUUCUCCCAAAAAUUUCCUAAUGCAGAUCCCCUUGCUCUUCGUGUGUUAGAAAAAAUGCUGGCCUUUGAACCUAAGGAUCGACCUACUGCUGAAGAGGCUCUAGCAGAUCCAUAUUUUAAAGGCUUGGCCAGGGUUGAGAGAGAGCCUUCUUCUCAGCCAGUUACCAAGAUGGAAUUUGAAUUUGAGAGACGCAGGAUAACAAAGGAUGAUGUGCGAGAGCUUAUUUAUAGAGAGAUUCUGGAGUACCAUCCGAAUAUGUUAAAGGAACAUCUAGAGGGUGCAGAGACACUGGGAUUCAUGUAUCCAAGUGCUGUGGACCAUUUCAAGAAGCAAUUUGCAUAUCUUGAAGAGCAUUAUGGAAAAGGUGGAACUGUUACUCCACCUGAGAGGCAACAUGCAUCAUUACCCAGGCCUUGUGUGUUGUAUUCAGAUAACUCAAGACAGAAUACGGCCGAGGUUGUAGAUGAUCUCUCCAAGUGUGUCAUCAAGGAAGUUGAGAAGCCAGCCGUAGAUAGGACCGGCGGUGUCCCUAUGAACAAGAUUCCUUUUCAUGCUCCUCAAAAUAUGCAAGGUGUAAUGACUGAUCGGAAUAUUGCUGCACGGCCCAGAAGAGCUGUGGGUUCAGCAUUGCAUCACAACAAACGUGGAGUGACAUUGACAGCAGCAGAGGCCGAGCAGCGGAGGAUGAUUAGAAAUCCAUCAGUUUCAGCCGCCCAGUAUGCUGCUUCAAGCUGUUCAUAUCCUAAAAGAAACCCAAGCUGUAAAAAUGAGAGAGCAGAAGAUGGGAUUGAAGGCUCUAAUGGACUUCAGCCGAAGCCUCAGUACAUAGCACAAAAAGUUGUUGCUGCUGCUCAAGGCGGAGCUGGUGGUAAUUGGCAUUAAGUUUGGAUAUCUUGCUUUUGAAGCUGACAACAACCUCGUGCCAGCAAAUGGUAUCUCAGACCAAUCAUCUGAAUUGAACAAAAGAUACCAGUGGCAUUACCUUGAUUGUUAUCAAACAGUGGGAAAGCUAAAAGGACUAACAGCUAAAGAAGUCUCUAGCUGAUGUUCUAUUAGUUCUUCAAUUUGAAGUUUCGAAGGUUCCACGCGGUCCAGCUAACAGAGAACGAACUACAUGAAAAGAGCAUGAAAAGAAGGAAGGCAAUGCAGUUGCUUUCCCGUAUUUGUGUUGUACUCUUCUUUGUAGAAUGUAAACUAUUAAUAUUGCCUUCAUUUUUGGGCGGCAUAACAUUGAUGUUGUAAUUUUACUACUUGCUCUUGUAAUCAGAAUAAUCGUCUCUUUCACUGUAAUGUCUCCUUAGACUGAAUUUUUUAUUUUCUAAGUUGCUUCA